AUGCAAUUAAAGCAACUCGCAUUAUUGACUUUAACAACAGCCGUACUCGCUCAAGGACCUCAAGGCGGCGGUACUGAUAUUUUGAAAGGCUUGGACAACCAACUUGAGAUCCCAGAAGGUUCACUUAAGAAUCAAACAUUGAGCGAACCUCCAGCAUGGGCUACCAGCAAAGCCCAAAAGGCUACUUCAACUAGCACCUCGGCCACCGGCGCACGUCCAGUCGAGACUGGACUUCCUGAUGAAGCUAAGAAGCAAAUCAAGCAAGCAAAGGAGGACAACAAGAAGGAUGAUAAAGAAGGUGCUAAGGAGGAUGCUAAGCCUGCAGAGGGUCCUUCCAAACCUAAGCCAACUGGCUCACCAAAACAAACCCAAGAGGCUCCUAAAGAGAAAUCCGAUGAUGAAAAGCUUCUCGGUGGUGGAUUACUCAAGCGUGGUGAAGACAAGAAGGGUAAGAAGGGCAAGGACAACAAGCUUCUCAACGGCGAUUUACUCAACAAUGGCGACAAGAAGGGCAAACACGAUAAACUUCAUGACGGUGAUUUACUCAAGCGUCAAGGAGGUGGCAGCGGCUCAAAUGCCAACCCAUUGGGUGGAUUGGGAAAGUUACUCGGUCAACGUGGAUACGUCGUUAAAAGAGACAUCUAG